UUAUGGCGAUAGGCGACCACUCAUCUUCUAUCUCUAAUUGCCUGAACUGAUCCCAUAGAAUCUUCCCAAAUCUGAAUCUCUUUUAAGAAGCAUGGUCUCGAAAUGUCUCAGCUUCCAUCUUCAUCUUCAUCAACCCAACCGUGACUCUAUCCCUGCAAUUUUCUCCAAACCCAAACGCCAUUUCCAAACCAUUACACCUACCAAAUUGAUUUCGACACCGGAACAAGGAGCCCGCCGUUCUUUCAAAAAAGCAUGUCAGCCCACCACUACUCCCAUGGCGUCCCCAUCAAGUCAACCUCCCCAGUUCACAUCUCAAUUUGCCGACGAUGCUCUCGUCGUUGACCCAGAUCCCACUCUCGCCAACGAUGACCUCCGGCCGACGACGUCCGCGGAGCGGACGUUCUCCGGCUGGGAAAUGGCCAGCCUGUGGAUUGGACUGGUUGUCGGCGUGCCGACGUAUUACCUCGCCGGCAGCCUAGUCGAUCUCGGCAUGGCGUGGUGGCAAGGGAUCGCCACCGUCGUAGUGGCCAAUGUGGUCACAAUGGUGGCGCUAGUCCUCACCGGUCACGCCGGCACGCGCUACGGCGUUCCCUUUCCGGUGCUGGCACGGUCCUCCUUCGGAAUCCGUGGGGCCCACAUCCCCACCUUGCUGCGGGCACUGGUUGGAUGUGGAUGGUAUGGGAUUGAGACUUGGAUUGGUGGGGAAGCCAUUUUCCUGCUCUUACCAAGAAUCAUAAAGGAAUCAUCACUCUCUCAACCUUUAACAUGGCUGGGCACUUCUCCUCUUGAAUUUGCAUGUUUUAUUGCAUUUUGGUUAGCCCAGUUGGGAUUUGUGUGGAAUGGGAUUGAUGGGAUUAGAGAGGUAGAGAAAUACUCAGCCCCAAUACUGAUGGCACUCACUUCUUGCCUUCUCAUUUGGUCAUAUGUGAAAGCUGGUGGGUUUGGCCACAUGCUUUCUUUGUCCUCUAGGCUCACAUCUUCACAGUUUUGGUCUCUUUUCUUCCCUUCCCUAACAGCCAACAUUAGCUUCUGGGCAACUUUAGCACUGAACAUCCCUGAUUUCACAAGAUAUGCAAAAUCCCAGAGAGAUCAGGUGAUUGGGCAAGCUGGUCUCCCAGUUUUCAUGGGGCUGUUCACAUUUGUAGGUCUAGCAGUGACAUCCUCAACAAAAGUGAUCUUUGGGGAAGUGAUUUCCAGCCCCAUUCAGCUCCUGGGACAAAUUGGUGGGUUCUGGACUAUGAUUGUUGCAAUUCUUGGAAUCAGCCUUGCCAUAAUCACCACAAACAUAGCUGCAAACGUUGUCGCACCCGCUAACGCUUUGGUUAACCUUAGCCCUUCAAGAUUCACCUUCAGGAGAGGGGCAGUGUUGACAGCUUUGCUUGGGAUUGCUUUUCAGCCAUGGAGGCUGCUCAAGUCAAGUGAGAGCUUUGUGUACACAUGGCUGGUGGGGUAUUCUGCUCUUUUGGGGCCUAUUGGGGGCAUAGUUUUGACAGAUUAUUAUCUCAUCAAGGGAAUGGAUUUAAAGAUCAAGGAGCUAUACUCUUUGAAUCCCAAAGGGGAAUACUAUUACUCCAAUGGAUACAAUUUUGCAGCAUUCCUGGCUUUGGUCAUUGGGAUUUUGCCUGUGAUUCCAGGCUUCUUGCAGAAUGUUGGGGUUUUGAGGUCCAUUCCUAGGGUGUUCACUGAAAUUUACAACAAUGCUUGGUUCUUUAGCUUCUUUUCUGCUGGAGCUAUUUAUUGGAUUUUGUCACUCUUGAGUGGCAGAAAUAGAAAUCAAGAAUCUAUAGAGCCCCUUUUACCCAAUACACCAUAGUGUUCAUUGUUUCCAACUUUCAAUUUUCUAUUACUUUUUACUGUAAAUUUCCUUGUGGUUAUUUCUUGUUGGAAUUGUAUCACUUUACAGAAAAGAAACCUUGUUCAUGGUUUUGCUU